AUGAGGCUAAGUCUACCAUGAAAAAGAAAGAGAUUUUCAAAGUGGUUUUGGAACAUUUAGUUGAUGAAGAAAUUUUCGAAGAUUCGGCUUUGUCUUUAUUGAAACCAGAGAAAACAGAAGAGUUUGAGUUGAGGAAAUUAGAAUUAGAAUUUCAAAAAGCAAUAAGGGAAAUGGAAAUUCAAAAAGAAUUAAAAUUGAAAGAAAUGGAAUUACAGAGUAGAAAGUUGGACACUCCUCGUGGUCAGACAGAUUUUGAUGUUGCAAAAAAUGUUAGACUCGUGCCUCCAUUUAGUGAAGAAGAUAUUGAUAAAUUUUUCCUUCAUUUUGAAAGGGUGGCAAUAAAUUUGAGAUGGCCUGUGGAGCAUUGGACAAUGUUAAUACAAAGUGUUUUAAAAGGCAGGGCUCAGGAAGUCUAUUUGGCUUUAUCGAACGAAGCAAGUUUGAGUUAUGAGGUGGUCAAAGAGGCUAUUCUAGAAGCUUAUGAACUGGCCCCUGAGGCAUAUAGACAAAAAUUUAGGCUGUCCAAGAAAAGAAGUGAUGAUACGUAUGUAGAAUUUGCUACGGAGAAGGAAAAUUUGUUUGAUUGGUGGUGUGUGUCAAAAGAAGUUGGGGAAGAUUUUCACAAAUUGAGGCAGCUUAUAUUAUUAGAGGAGUUCAAACUGUGUGUUCAUGUUGAUAUUAGAUGUUAUUUGGAAGAGCAGAGAGUAGAACAGUUACAAGAGGCAGCUAGUUUAGCAGAUGAUUACUCUAUUACUCAUGGACCUGAGUUCAAGCUGUAUGGUUAUUGUCAUCCGGAUAAUUUCGAGGUGAGUGAGAUGACUCUGAAGAAGAAUGAAAACACAUCCACACUGAACCAGAAUUCAAACAGCACCCCAACAGCUGCCCCUAAUCAGAGUUCUACAACUAUAUCAUCAUCCACAACAGUGAAGCCUGCAGCGGAUAAUCCUGAAGAAGAUGAUGUUGAAGCCACAAAGGAAGAUGCUUCAUAUUUGCGUAAAAUUCUUCGAUCUAAAUUGGUUACCACAAAGACAGAUCUUGAAGUGUUGAGGAAAGACCCUCGUUCUCCAUUGUAUUUUGUCAAGACAUUCAAUGACUUGAAUCUAAAACCUGAACUUCUUCGAGGUGUGUAUGCAAUGGGAUUUGAUGCUCCUUCAAAAAUUCAAGAAACUGCUUUGCCAACUUUACUAGCCAACCCCCCUGUAAACAUGAUUGCACAGUCUCAGAGUGGAACUGGAAAAACAGCUGCCUUUGUUCUCACCAUGCUAAGUAGAGUAGAUGUUAACCUCAAAUACCCUCAGUGUCUGUGUUUAGCACCUACGUAUGAAUUAGCCAUUCAAAUUGGUGAAGUAGCUAUCAAAAUGGCGAAAUUUAUGACCGAUGUGAAAAUUGGAUUUGCUGUCCGAGGAACGGAACGAGAUAAAAUCUUUACUGAACAAAUUGUUAUUGGGACUCCCGGCACUGCGUUGGAUCUGGGUUGGAAAUUUAAUGCAUUUGACUUGCAAAAGAUUUCAGUUUUUGUAUUAGACGAGGCUGAUGUAAUGAUUGCAACACAGGGCCAUAAAGACCAGUCCAUCCGGAUACAACGACAUUUAGGAGAAUGCCAGAUGUUACUUUUCUCUGCCACAUACGAUGCCGAAGUAAUGAAAUUUGCACAAGACAUCAUCCCAAAUCCUGUCACUAUCAGGCUGCGUCGAGAAGAGGAGUCCCUUGACAAUAUCAAGCAAUAUUACAUUGAAUGUCAGAGCCAGGAUGAUAAAUUUAAGGCCCUUUCCAACAUCUACGGUUCAAUAUCCAUUGGACAAGCUGUUGUUUUCUGUAAAACUAGAAAAUCUGCCUCUUGGUUAUCUGAAAAGAUGAGUCGUGAUGGCCACGCUGUUGGCUUGCUAAGCGGAGAGUUGCCAAUCCAUCAGAGAGCUGACAUCAUCCGACGUUUCAGAGAAGGCAACGAGAAAGUCCUGAUUACAACAAAUGUUGCUGCCCGAGGAAUUGAUGUUGCCCAAGUAACUAUGGUUGUUAACUUUGAUCUGCCAACUUUGCAAGAUGGUAAACCAGAUUUUGAAACUUACCUUCACCGUAUUGGGCGUACUGGAAGGUUUGGCAAGGAUGGCAUUGCCCUGAACAUGGUCAGCAGAAAUACCUUGAACAUCCUUCAUGAAAUAGAGAGACAUUUUGCACGAACAAUCUUGAAACUUGAUGCUAAUGACGUCGAUGAGUUGGAGAAGAUAAGUGAGAAUUGACAGUGAUUCAGUUGAGACAGCAUUUAUUGAAAUACAAAAAUAAAAUCUAUGUAUUUUUUUCCCUACCAUAAUACCACCAUACAUUAUAUUAAAUUGUAUUAUUGAAAAAAAAACAAAAAGAA